GCUUGCGUAACAACACGCGGUUGUCAAAUCCGUUGUUGUCGCCCGCCCGAAAGAAAAGGACUAAUUUCUCGGAAAGCCAUGGCCGAUUUUGGAAGUAGCGAGGGAGGUAAACCGGCAGUCGAUCCCGAGCUGCAGGACUUUCUGAUGGCCGAAAACGAGCGAGCCCGGCUUAGCGCACAGAUCCACGAGUUUACCGAUAUCUGCUGGGAUAAGUGUGUGGACAAGCCGGGCAGCAAGCUUGAUAGCCGAACGGAGAGCUGUUUGUCGAAUUGCGUGAACCGGUUCGUCGAUACGUCGUUGCUGAUAACGCAGCGUUUCGCCCAAAGCCUGCAAAAGAGCCAGGGCAUGUAAGCCGGAUCGUCCGGAGGGCGCGGGCAUUUGCCAGAGCUUCCCGUGGGAACGGAGCUGUAGUUGUUAGUUUCGGCAGGGCUUAUAAUCAUAAAGAUGUUUCUCCUUAAUAUACGUGCAAAGAUGCACUUAAAACCCGGCAUAAUCGUUCAUUUCUCGCUCAAAUGAGGACCUUCAAACCUAUUCUUCGCAUUUAAGUAUCAUGAACCAAUAAAGAUAAUCAUGGAGAAAUGGA